AUGGCCGGCGUCAAGGCCGAACAACACCAUCAACACUCUCCUCCUACAACGUCUCAAGGAGCUUAUACCGGAGCGCCCACUGGCUUGCAAACCGUCUCGAGCCCAAGCCCGGCGAGAUCGAAUAUCGCACAGUCACAUUCGACUCAUCCGAACCUCGCUCAGCCCAGCAACAAGCGCAAGAGAGCGUCCUCGCAGGCUCAUGUUAGCUCUCCAGGGUGCGACAACGAAGAAGAUGAAGGCGAGCAUGAGGAGGACCACGAUGGCAACAAGCGAAAAGGACCUGGCGUCCGUAGGGCGUGCAAUCAGUGCCGGCAACAGAAGUUACGCUGUGAUGUGAGCGACUCGUCGGCCUGCUCGCGAUGCGUCAAGCACGGUCUCGAAUGCAAGAUUGAUCCCAACUUCAAGCGCAUCGGUAAGAGGAGCAAACAAGCAGAAAUGGAGCGAGAGAUUGUAGAGCUCAGACAGGCAACCGUGUCUCUUCAGCGCCAAUUGUCUCUGUCACAUUCCUCUACACACACUCCGAUAAGCAGCGGCCUCCAUAACCCCACAAUGUCGACCUUCGGUGGCUUCGGUGCUUCGUCCCUACACAACUCCGGGGCUAAUGAUGCCGCAUCAGGCUUGCUAGAUCUGAGUCAAGGGAUUGAGGGCGGAGCUGCGAUCAAGCGGCUGGGUAACGUUUUACUUGAUCCCGAGCAAGUCCAAGAACUCUUUCGCGAGUACUUCAGAUGGUACCAUCGCUUUUUUACUUUCCUCGACGCUCGUUCGCCCCAGCAGUACUACGAGGCAUCUCCGCUACUAUUUUGGACCAUCAUCUCCAUCGCUGCUCGCCACUUCAAGAAAGAUCCUGAGCUUCUUGCCAGACUCAACGAUCCUCUAACGCGCCUUGUCUGGGAUACUGCGGCUCAGGUCCCUCAAAGCCAUCACGUGGUGAAGGCGCUAUGUCUACUCUGUAUAUGGCCUCUUCCAGUGACCACGACUUCCAAAGACCCAACGCUUCAAUUGUGCGGUCUCAUGAUGUCUAUGGCUAAGCAGAUCGGUCUGCAUCGCCCUACCCACGCGCAAGAUUUUGCUCGUUUCUCGGUGCACCUCAAAGACGAAGAUAUCCGUGAUCGCAUGGUGACCUGGGCUGUAUGUAACAUCGUAGCACAGAACGUCUCCACUGGAUAUGGUCAACCUGCAGACACCCUGUACGACUCGACCCUUUUCCCGCCAUCACGCCGUGAAGAUUCCUCAGAGCCUUACUAUCUCACCAGCAUUAUCGAGGCACAGCUGGAGAUCGCACUGUUCUGUAACAACAUUACUUCCCAACUCUACAGCAGCCCGAGUUACACGCUCGACUUUGCGCACGAUGAGCGUCUAUCUGCGACUGCUAGCAUGCUCGCCGGACAGUUCAACAAAUUAGUGGCGGAUUACUCAAGGGGUAGCACGGGUAUGAUAGCAGAGCACAACGACCUAUACCUUUACGCCUCAAAUCUUCACCUGUGUCUCUCGGCCCUGUUCCAACCAUCAAACUCCAAAACUUACCGUCGCGACCUACUGAACCUCUGGUUUGCCGUUAAAGCCUUCCUGGAACAUGCCAUUGCCUUCAGGGACCCUGGUAGUGCUGCUGGCGCUGGUAUGGAUGUUGAGUCAGUAACGGCUGCCCAAUACUUCCCAAACUACCUGAUGCAGAUGAUUCUUGCGGCUGGCUACACCCUCCUGCGCCUGCUCGACUCCUUCUUCGCAGACUCUAUCGAUCAGUCCGAAGGUCGGCAUCUCCUGUUGAAUGCCAUCACUCUCGUUCGCCAGAUGAGCGUCCGCUCCAAUGAUCUCCCGCAGCGCAUGGCAGAGGUUCUAGCACAGAUGUGGAAAGCGAGCCAAUCUGGCUGGCUUAAGGGAGUUAACAGCACACGCCGCAGCGUCUCGCCGCAGCUUUCGCAUCACACCCCUCUCGCCUCCCAGGGCUCCCCCGUGUCGACCUUUCACGCCAGCCCGCUUUUCACGCCUCUAAACAGGGCAAGGAACGGCAAGCGGCCGGCUACCGCGGCAGAGGAGCCGGAUGACACGCUGCAACUGCAGGUGCGGUACCGCAUGAGCAUGUCGGUCGUGUACGACUCUGUGCUUCUCUGGCGUGAGGAGGUGCAAGGCAAGGUGCGGGCCGAGGAGCUCGACAAGGCGGUCAAAGACCCGACGAGGCUCGAGGUCAGCGGGAAGAACACUCCUGCGCCAGACGGGGCUUUUACUGCGGCUGGUGUUGCCGCUGCGGCGGGCACUGGAACAGUGUCAGGUGGCCUUACCGCUUUCCAGUUUGAUGGGAUGCCUGGAAAUGGAGUUGGGAUGGGGUUGUUUGGCGGCUCGGGGUUGGAAACGGGAAUGGAGCUGCAUGAUGUUUUUGAUCCCUUUCCGUUCGUGCUGGAUGGGAUGGGAGAGUUUGGCUCGUUUCCGCUGGGGAUGGGAGAGUGA